UACGAAACACUUUGGAGACGUUGUUGCGGUAGACGACCUGAGCCUCGAAAUUGUCGAUCGCGAAUUUUUGACGUUGUUGGGCCCGUCGGGUUGUGGCAGACCACGACGUUAAACAUUAUCGCGGGGUUGGAAGACCCGACAAGCGGACAAGUGUUUUUCGACGACGACGACGUGACUAAUGUUCCACCGGAACGACGUGAUAUAGCAAUGGUUUUCCAAACCUACGCCCUAUACCCACACAUGCGGGUUUAUGAUAACAUCGCAUUUGGCUUGCGGAUGCGCCACACACCGACUGAUGAGAUUGAACGGCUUGUGCAAGAGGCGGCGAAGGCGAUGGAAAUCGAUCAUCUGCUCAAAAGGAAGCCACGUGAACUCAGUGGCGGGCAGCGACAACGCGUGGCAUUAGCGCGCGCCAUCGUCCGGAAUGCCCAUGUGUUCCUGCUUGACGAACCGCUCUCAAAUCUCGACGCCAAAUUGCGUGUGACAAUGCGCACCGAGCUCAAACGGCUGCACGCUGAAUUGGAAAAAACCUUUGUCUACGUCACGCACGACCAAGCGGAAUCGCUCAUCAUGUCGGAUCGGAUUGUGGUACUCAAUGAGGGCAAACUCCAACAACUGGGGACGCCUGAAGAGAUCUACAAUCAGCCUGCCAACGAGUUCAUCGCUGGCUUUGUUGGAAGUCCACCGAUGAAUUUCUUCGACGGUCAGUUGCAAAAUGGUGGAGAUCAGUGGCUGAUAAAGGGAGAGGGAUAUACCUGUGAAUUUACACCGGCACCGACACAACGCCUGACUGAAAACGCUUCGGCAAAUGUACAGAUCGGGGUACGUCCGGAAGAUAUUGAGGUGCUGCCGAGCGAAUCACCCCACCGCCCAAGCCACUGUUGUGGUACGAGAACCGUUGGGCAGUGA